CCGACUCUCCUCUCUGCUCUCUCCUAUCUUAUCUGACUUACUUAUCUUACUUCUCUCUAUCACCUUUUCUGUCCCUUUGAAGAAAUGAUGCUCCAUAAAUGUUAAAGAGCAGGAGUGAUGGCUCCAGCGAUCGGUCGCUCUGAGAAUUAGUGGUCACACUGGACAACAAUGCUUUACCUCACUCACACGGCUCACUGGCAGUUCCUGGGCCUGAUAGUCGGAUUCCUGGCAUGGAUCCUCACCAUGACCACUGCCGGCCUCAACGAGUGGCGGCUCUGGCGAGUAGGCAAUGCGUCCAUCAUCAGCUCGGGCGAGGCCUGGGUUGGUAUUUGGAGGACGUGUUUCUACAGUCAUGUCCUUCCCGAUAUGGAGAACUGUCGAAGCAUCAGCAUAUCGGACAGCUUUCUUCCCGUGGAGAUCCCCGUGGCUCAGGUGCUGAUGAUGCUUGCGGCCAUCUUUGGUCUUGCCGGGAACAUCUGUGCUGCAGUGGCGGUGAGGAUGGCCUACUUCUCUGUUGAAGAUCGCAGGAGCAUCAGGCUGGUCUUCCUACUGGCGGGGGCGCUGUAUUUGCUCACAGGGACGUCGUCCUUGGUGCCACUGGCGUGGAACAUGAACUCUGUGCUGAAAAACAGCACCAUAGACUUUCCUCCUGAGUUCCAAAUCCCUGCUCCUCCUGUCAGCCAGCGAGUUGGCUCAGCCAUUGGAGUGGGCCUCUGCGCCUCCAUUGCGACACUCUUAAGUGGCCUGCUUUUCCUUUGCUACAGGUACGCUUGGCGAGCCGUGAGCACAGCGGGCCCUGGCGACCAGCUCAAUGGCCCCUGGACAGUGACAACACUGCCACGCAAAUCUGAACUGGUAAAUAGAGCAGGCAUGGAUAACGCUGCCUUUCACAGUGAAUAA